UCGUUCGUCAGUCAGUCGGGAGUCGGCACUCUGAGCGCACGCGCGUGUGUGUGUGUGAGAGUGGGAGACGUUCGGGUCGGUUUCGUGUGCUCGCGAUCUGUCAUACAAAAGUUCACCAGCUUCCCCCUAACUGGCUGGUGAAGUCGGUCGAGUGCGCGCGCGUGUGUGUUUGUGUUUGAAGUGGAGUAGUGAGUGAAUAUUACCCGGUUGGUGUUUUUGAUGAUGCCGUUUUGUGGUGAAGUGAUGGUUACACGAUGUGGAUGAGCUGGUGCGACACGGGCAGCAGCAAGCGCGCCGAGGCAUGCAGCGCUGACGAGAUGCUCACGCACCUGGAGCUCAUGUGCGCGGGGCUCCGCAUCCGCGUCAAGAAGAGCAGCAAGCCGGAGCCGCCAGGCGGCGGCGGAGGAGGCGGCGGUGCCAGCAUCCGCCCCGUCAUCGUGCACCCCCAGCUGCAGCACCUGCAGCUGCACCAACAGCUUCACCAGCAGCUGCACCGGCGCCGGAAUGAAGCCCUGCUGCAGAGCCGGCCGCUGCCCCACAUCCCCGCGCUGCCCACGGGCGACCCUCCUGGCGCGGGGGCGGCCGGGGCCGCCGGGUCGCCGUCCGGGUCGGCGCCGUCGGCCGCCGACUGCCUCGCCCGUUGGACGUCCAAGGAGAACCUGCUGACCCAGGAGGAGGACUCGGACCCCCAGCUGUUCGUGGCGCUGUACGACUUCCAGGCGGGCGGCGAGAACCAGCUGAGCCUCAAGAAGGGCGAGCAGGUGCGCAUCCUGAGCUACAACAAGAACGGCGACUGGUGCGAGGCGCACUCGGCCGGCCAGGUCGGCUGGGUGCCGUCCAACUACGUGACGCCCGUCAACUCGCUCGAGAAGCACUCGUGGUACCAUGGUCCCAUCUCGCGCAACGCGGCCGAGUACCUGCUCAGCUCGGGCAUCAACGGCAGCUUCCUGGUGCGGGAGUCGGAGAGCUCGCCCGGCCAGCGGAGCAUCUCGCUCCGCUACGAGGGCCGCGUCUACCACUACCGCAUCAACGAGGACACCGAGGGCAAGGUCUACGUCACGACGGAGAGCAAGUUCAACACCCUGGCGGAGCUGGUCCACCACCACUCCAUGCACUCCGAUGGGCUCAUCACCCAGUUGCUGUACCCCGCCCCCAAGCACAACAAGCCGACCGUGUUCGCCCUCAGCCCAGGUGGGAAAUCGAGUCACUGCCCCCAACAACACCACAACACAACACCCUCCUCGUUUUCAGCCAUCACGGCGUUCCUCCUGGCAUUUGCGUCGACAAAACCUGAUGAAUGGGAAAUCAAUCGAACAGACAUUGUGAUGCGGCACAAGCUUGGUGGUGGUCAGUAUGGUGAUGUUUACGAAGCUGUUUGGAAGCGUCACAAUAUGACAGUAGCUGUAAAGACAUUAAAAGAAGAUACUAUGGCUCUAAAAGACUUCUUAGAGGAAGCUUCUAUAAUGAAAGAAAUGAAACAUCCUAAUCUUGUGCAGUUAUUAGGUGUCUGCACAAGAGAACCUCCUUUCUAUAUUAUAACAGAAUUUAUGAGUAAAGGUAAUUUAUUGGACUACUUGCGAAAUGGUAACAAAGACCAAAUCAAUGCUGUUGUUCUCAUGUACAUGGCUACACAAAUUGCAAGUGGAAUGAGUUAUUUAGAGAGUAGAUCCUUCAUUCAUCGCGAUCUUGCGGCAAGAAACUGUCUCGUUGGAGAAAAUCAUCUAGUUAAAGUAGCAGAUUUUGGCCUGGCCAGAUUGAUGCGAGAUGACACCUAUACAGCACAUGCUGGUGCCAAGUUCCCCAUCAAGUGGACAGCACCUGAAGGGUUGGCGUAUAACAAAUUUUCAACCAAGUCUGAUGUGUGGGCUUUUGGUAUUUUAUUAUGGGAAAUAGCCACUUAUGGAAUGUCUCCUUAUCCUGGGGUGGACCUUACUGAUGUUUAUCACAUGCUUGAAAAGGGAUAUAGAAUGGAAUGUCCUCCUGGGUGUCCUCCUAAAAUUUAUGAACUUAUGAGGGAAUGCUGGCAAUGGGUUCCUGGUGAAAGACCAACCUUUCAAGAAAUCCACCAUGCUCUUGAAAAUAUGUUUCCUCCAGAAUCAAGCAUUAUUGAAGAGGUAGAAAAAGAACUCCAAGGAGCAACUGGUAGUUGUACUACUCCUCUGAUGUCGUACAAAAAACCUCAUGCUGGUUCUACUGGCAACAUCCAUGGUCUUGUAGUGUUGGCUGACCAAGCAGCUGCUUCAGAUGCAUCAAUGGGAAAACUUAGUACUUUUGGUGGGGGCAAAAACAGCAUGGUUCAAAUGAGACGACCAACAAAUAAGAGAGGGAAGCAGCCCCCUGCUCCCCCUAAACGAACAAGUUUACUAUCAUCCUGCAGUUCAUUCCGUGAUAGCACAUAUGCUGACCAGGACCACCCUGAUGAUGCUGCUGAACUAAAUGGUAUAGAUGACAUUUUUCAAGGCAUCACUCGGGACCUGCAGAGCCUCACGGCGAGCCAGAAGGGCGACAGCGAGAGCGAGCUCCAGGACCAGACCCCCGACACGGACGACUCUGGCGCGCACUCGUACACGGACGGCUCGGCCGCCACGGGCGCCUUCUUCCCGCCGCCGCCGGGCUCGGGCCCGUCGGGCUCCAACGCCUCCACGCCCGUGCUGGGCGGCUCCACGCUGUCGUCCUUCAAGCGGCAGCCCGCGCAGCAGCCCGUCAUGGGCAACCGGGCGCAGGAGCAGCGCGGCAAGAAGUCGCGGACCUACCCGCCCAAGGAGGCGCCGCAGCCCGGGGCCGGCGGGGCCCAGCAGCAGAAGGUGCAGGUCGCCGCCCUGGAGGUGCAGAACGUCAAGAGGGCCAUCAACCGGUACGGCACCCUUCCCAAGGGCGCGCGCAUCGGCGCCUACCUCGAGUCGCUGCGGGUGAGCGGGCUGAGCGUGGAGGGGGAGGGUGGCCAGGAGGGCGCCGACCCGUCAGAACAGCCGCAGGACAUCACGGUUAGUUCUGUCACUGAUCUGCCCGCCUCUCGGCGGACGGCUGGUUCUGGCUCGCCUCGAACCGGCAUCCGCACUCAGCCGCAGAUGAUUCGAAGCAAUUCGUCUGGUGGGUUCCAGCCCGGAUCGCCGACGGGCAAGUCCCAGCGAAACAACCGCGCCCGCAACGACAACGUGGGCUCGAGCCUGCGCACCUUCCGCAGCAACUCGACGGCGGCGGCCGGCAGCCACGUGGCCCACCCCCAGGGCAGCCCCAGCCCCUCGCGCUCCGUGCAGCCCACCCUGGCUGACCUGGAGUUCCCGCCGCCCCCGCAGGACCUGCCGCCCCCCGACGACGCCUACAACUCGUCCAGCCCCGAGUGCCGCAAGCGCAUCGGGUCGCUGCCCAACGCGGUCCCCGCCGCCAAGCCCCCAUCGGCGGCCUCGCCGCGGGGCGGACGGCGGAUAGGCGCCAGCAUGAGCGUGGACCAGCCGGUCCAGCCCAUGCUCUCCACCUUCCACCCGGGCCCCGCCGAGCCACUCUGCGACGGCAGCGACCUGGAUAUCAAGGCCGGCGACGUGAGCAACCCCGAGCCCUCGGUGGAGGAGGCGAGCUUUCGCUUCGGUGUGAGUCUCCGUCACCGGGAACCGUCGACCGACUCGUGCAGCAGCGCGCGCUCCGCCAAGAACGGCGCCAGUGGCAACCCCCGGCCCCGGGACAGGCCACCCAGCCCGCCCUCGCCACUUCCCCCGCUGUCGCCCUCCACCCACGGCGACGCCUCCCCUCUGGACCCCAGCACCCCGAGCGACGACCCCGAGUCGGACUCGGAGAGGAAGAGGCCCUUCAAGAGCGCCAUCCCCGGCAUGAAGGAGAUGCUGGAGCUGAAGCUGGUGGCCGAGAUCAAGGAGCGCGCCAGUGGACGCGUCCGGGACUCCCCCGUCAGCGAGCACCACUCGGGUGCGCUGCAGGACCCGGCCGCGCGCCUCGUCGCCGAGCUGGCUGCCGAGGUAGCGCGGGAGGAGCGGCAGGCCAACUGCAGUCCGCCCGAGGUGCGGCCGAACAAGGGCCAGGGCCAGGUGUCGCCCGUCGACUUCAAGGCCAACCUGAGGAAGGUGGGCGCCGGCACCAACAAUGUCGACGGCAAGCUGGACGGGACGCCGACGGGCUUCAAGGCGCAGCUCAAGAAGACCCCCGAGACGGUGGCGACCAAGAAGAAGGUGGAAGAGGUACAGGAGAACCCUGGCCCGAUAAUUGAUUUCAAAUCACGCCUCCGGAAGGUGGAUGGCUCCAAGGCUGACCUGGACGAGGACAUGAAUGCCGAGAAUGAGCAGGGUGGGGAAGACGGCGAUGAUAAACGCCGGAGCACCGGAAGUAUUAGCAGUCUGAAAAAACUUUGGGAGACCAAAGAGAAUGAGGCUGGGAAGGAGGGCAACUCUGACCAAAUCAGCCCCAAAAUGGCCAACCGGAACAAGCCUGAAGUACCUGCUCGCAGUCCUCAACUGGGCAGUGGAGGCGAAGAGCAGGGCUCUCCCGAAGAGCAGUCGAAGAAUCGGGGGGAGAGGCGAGUGUGGCCACCUCAAGCCGAAGACAAACCCGUCGUUCCUACGAAACCUGUUGUUCGUCCUGCCAAACCAACAGUGCCACCUCCAAGUACUAAACCCCCUCUCCUUGCCAUUUAUGCUACUCCUGUGAUGCCACAAAAUGACUCUGGUCCCUCUAGUAAUGGGACUGUUAAAAGUGAAAGAGACAGUAUUCUAGAGAUCUCUCAAGCCUUAGAAACAAGUUUAACUUCUCUCAAAUCAGCUCCCUCAGUCAGUACGUCAAGCUGGCUUCAACUGUCAGAUAAGGUGGGGCUUAUGCACACCUCGUGUAUGGGUUACGCUGAUUCUGUGGGCCCACCACAUGCGCGUUUCCAUUUGCGAGAGCUGCUGACGCGACUGGAGGCGCAAGCCAGGCAAUUGCGAUCAGCAGGAGCUCGAAACUCCUCAGAAAACUCCAGACUUUGCACUGAAGUACACAAUACUGUGAAAGAUGUUGUGAAUGCUGUACAAAGAUAGGAUAAUUGACUGUGAGCUAGAAUCUGGGCUUACAGAUUGAUGUGAAGAGUCUAAGUCUGCCAUAUUUCUAUUGUGAUGGACAAUGGCAUGUCUUUGUGUUACUGCUCCCUCCAGUCUAGGCCGUUCUAAAUUAUGUAAGUUCUUCAUGUCAGAUAUGACAAGCGCCUUCCUUCUUCUCUUCCAUCUGUCAACUCUUUUUUUUCAUUAUUUAUUAUCUAUUUUUUAAAAGGUGUUUUAGUGAAUGAAUUUAAAUUAUACCCUUUUAAUUCUUGUAUAUUUAUGAUUCUUUCUGUUUCUGUCUUUUUCCUGAGGCUAAAAUAUGCACUUACUGCAUCUCAUCACUCUUGUUUCAUUAGUCAUCUGUAAAUAUGUGUGAUCUAUUAUGCAAGUGUGUGUUUGAGUCAUCUCAAAAUUAAUUUCAUGAUGUGCCUAUUCAUGUACAUAAAUUGCAUAAAAUAGGCUACAACUCUCCCAUUUUUUCCCUUGUGCGUCAAAGUUUUUAAUAGUAGAGUUUUUAUUCCGAAAGUAGCAAGGUAACUGAUGCUUAAUUUCUCACAAUUGGGAAAGACUAGUGAUCCCAGAUGUUUUAAUCAAUUAGAUGAAUUCAAUGAAAUCACAGGAACUGUUAUUGAGCCUAGAACAGCUUCCACAACUGGCUGUGAAUGAGUUUUUGUACUAUCAUCCAGUGCAAGUGAGUUAUUAGAAAGUUUAAUUCAUCUUGAUGAUUGAGUAACUAUCUCCUCUUGUGCAUUGUGUGUGCCAUUAGUCAAGUAUUUUGUUUUUACUAUUUCCUCUGGAACAGCAUGUAUCAUGCUAUAGUUUGUGUUUCAAACCAUAAUGGUUUUGAUUUCUCAACAAAUAGACGUCUUUAAGUGUUUUAUCAUUUAGAACUCGUAUUUUGCUACAACCCAUUUUUGCAUAUAGGUUUUCUGGAAUAUUUUCUCUUCUCUAGAAAUUUAUCUUCUAUCGUGCUUUGCGAUGAAGUAGGAAAUUCAUGUACGUGUAUCUUUCUAUCCAGUGAGCAUAUAUACAUAUUCAUUCUAAGUGAUGAACCAUCAUUGAAAUUUCUUGAGUUAACCAGUGAUAGAUAAAUCCUACAAUAGACAAUGGCCAGGGCUGUUGGAAUGUCUAUUUUAGGAUUCAUUAUAGUUGUACAUAAUAAUGUGAUUAAAACUAUGCGGACUGGAGGGAGCUACAGGUCACGUGUCAAAUUACAUGUAGCUGGCCUGCUCAGUCGAACCAAUAAUGUGUAUGCUAGUCUUUGUUAACAUAUUGUACAGAGAGCUCUAGGCUUAUAUUUACUCAUUUUACUGAACGCAGGGGAAUCUCAACAAUUGAUGUGUAAUUUAGAAACAUUGACUCCAAAGAAAGUUCUUGUGAAGGUGUUAUCAGUAGGUUCAUGUCUUAUUUGCUGUUCUGUUCGGCCUUGGUGCCCCUGCUGUGAUGCUCUCUGCUAGAACAAUUGCUCUGAGACUGAUGAGUAUUGUUGCUUUCAUAUGAGGUUCGGUGGUUGAGGGCUAAAAAGCUUUUGUAGUGAAAGCUAUAUUGUGAGGAAGCAAGUUUGUACUAAAAUUGUUGUCAUCUGAAUGUUUUGUGUUAUUAGGGAGCUUUCAAUUUUAAGCUGGCUUCCUAGUCAUUUUACCAUUAAUAUUUUCAUACUUUCCUAUUCUAAAUUAUUUGUGCUUCAGGUGAUGAUUAAAAUUGUUGAGGUUGAAAAUUGUGAUGAUGAAUUGCAGGACGGUGAAUGUAACUGUUUUAAGUAACAAUUGUACAAACUGCUUCCACCAGAGCCUAAUGUGAUUUUCCACUCUCCCAGUGAAUGCAGCAGAUUCGAAACAAUUGAACUGAAUACUGUACUUGUUAUGCCUUUUAAUUUUAUUAUCAUUUUGUCAACUCUUAAUGCCGAAGAGUUUUGUUAUAAGUUUCCUCUUACUUUAAUUUAUUUUAAAUUUUUAUUGUGAUUUAAGUGCAUACUAAGUUGAUUUAAGUAUGGGAAAGUCAUGAGUUCCUUGGUUUUCUUAUUGUCGGGCCAAAUGUGACCUUUGCCACAUGAAUGAUUUUGUUUUGUAGUAUUUAGAAUUCUUGUAUUCAUGGCUCAAUUGGCAGUAUUUCGUGAACAGCAGAUUUGUAAUUUUGUAUGUGUGGAAAGUGAAUGCUGUGACGAAUGACUUGAAGUGGGAUUGGGAGGUGUAAGUCAUUAACCUUCUCUAAAUGGUAAGGUGUGCAAUAUAAUGCACACAUAUAAAUACACAUAUAUGAACAUAAAUAUAUUUUUAUUUAAGACAAAAUAUUAUUUCAGGCUUUUUGUUAAUUUUAUUGUUUUUGUUGUUUUAUAGUGUAGUAUGUUAUUUUGUACAGGUAUCGCAAGAAUGUGUUCCUUCCUAUAGAUAUCUUUUGACCUGUCUGAAUGUUUGUACAAUUGACAACCUCAAUAAAAUGAUAUGUAGAACACUU